AUGGCUAACGCAGAUGAAGUUUCAGCUCUAAAACGCAUCAAACUGCAUCUUCUUGGUGAAUUUUCACCACUUCCAUCUCCUAUUUCACAACCAUGGAGCUUUGAUUUUGAUUUUCAAUUUCAAACCAACCAAACCACUUCUGAUUCUUCAAUCUCUUUGGAUCAUUAUUUCACUGAUCUUCUUCAAACAGAUACACAGAUUCCGAUCUUUGAAUUUGACUCCAAACCUCAAACAACUGAACCUGAAAGCCCUAAAGCGCUAACAUCUUAUCCUCAGCCAACGGUGGAGAAGACUCCUCAACUGAAGCGAAAACCGUCGCUGGAAAUCGCUCUCCCGAACAAAACCGAAUGGAUCCAAUUCAGAAAACAAGAUCCGGAACCGGAAGUGGUUGUACAGAAGCCGGAAGUCGCUGAGAAACAGCACUACAGAGGAGUUAGACAGAGACCAUGGGGAAAGUUCGCCGCCGAGAUCCGCGACCCGAACAAACGUGGCUCCAGACUGUGGCUUGGAACUUUUGAAACGGCUAUCGAAGCCGCGAAAGCCUACGAUCGUGCCGCUUUUAGGCUGCGCGGAUCUAAAGCGAUUCUCAACUUUCCAUUAGAAGUCAACGCCAUGGCGGCGGCGGCGGAGAACUACGGCGAGAACAAAAAACGUUGCCGUGAAGAGGAAGAGGAUGAUGUAGUGGAAGUGAAACCGGUGCUGAAAAAGGAGAAAACGAACUCCGGCGAGAACAAAAAACGUUGCCGUGAAGAGGAAGAGGAAGAUGUAGUGGAAGUGAAACCGGUGGUGAAAAAGGAGAAAACGGAGGAGUUUGAUGUGAACUGCAUUAAAGAGAUGCCGUUAACGCCGUCAAAUUGGACUGGGUUUUGGGACAGUGAUUUCAAGGGGACGUUCGACGUUCCACCGAUGUCACCGUUAUCUUCCUUUUGUUUUUCACCUCUAGUGGCUGUGUGA